AUUCGAUGCGUUAGAACGUGCUCUGUGCUCAUACACGCACCAAUACAUCAAAGAGUAGCUUAGUCGUUGCAUUACGGAAUAUUAAAUUAGUCGUGUGUAGUAUGAAAGUACAACUGCCACAUUGCCUUAUAAAAUAUGGGAGAUAAAGAGCAUCAUGUGCACUUCAGUGGGGGAAGUAGCCUCGGAAAAGACAACAAUAUUAUGGUACAACCGCAACGACAUGGACAGAUAGACGCUCAUCUCGGAUUUUUACAACUUUAUCACAGAUAUCACGUGGAAUUCUCAAUUCCUUGGAACUUGUGUACACACAGAGAGCGAAGAAGUUCCGCACCAGCAGUGGUCACGGGACCUCAUAAUCCCAAUUGCCAUGUUUUAGACAUGAUACAUGAAAAGGAAGGCCUAAAGUUAAAAAUAGAACUGCUAGCAUAUAAGGAGAAAAUCUUGAAGGAAGAGGUGCAAAUAAUGUGCUGCAAGAAUGGAACACCAUUGAAAAUCCAGUUGAAUACACGCGUCUUGGGAAAAGAUAAAGGCAGACCAUUGCUGAGGAAUGGGAUACGCAGUAUCGGCGUGGAGCAAUCAAACGAAGAUGAGGUGCUGGGUACGAAAUUGAGGGCAUCUUUGAGCAUGCAAAACCAACAGAGUCUCUGAAGAAUAUUCUCAGAUUGGGACACACCAAGGAGCGUAUGUAUCUAUUCGAAGACGUAUGUAAUGUAACAGGGGAUAAAAUUUGAUGACGAGAACAUUCCUUAUUUCGAACUUUAAUCGUGCACUGGAUCGCGUUGCAAUGAAUUUAGUUGUUGCGGUUAGUUAUUAAUGAUCGUUGUUUCAAUUGUAAAGAAAUCACAUGUACACUGUGUUCAAUCUCAAGCAUAGCAUAAAAAAUGUCUGUCGAGAUCAAUUUAACCACACAGUAUUUUAAGCUGCACGAUGAAACUUUCGAAAUAUGCGAUGUUCAGCGAAAAUGAAAGAACUUCUCUUCGAAUUUAUUAUAAUCGGUCUGACUGUACAGAUCUGUAUCACAACCGCGAGACUUUUUUCCCUUUCUGCGUCGAGGAUUAUUAUAACGAUAAUUUCGACGCAAAAAAAAAAAAAAAAGAUAAAGUGUUCCUUUAAUCGGCCUUUCUUUAGAGGAUCACAUCGAGAUAUGUGUAAUUAUAAGUUAUCGCUAAGUACCGCAUUUGCCUACUGUUCCUUCUCAAACGAAUACGUAUCACACAAUGCCUACAUAUAUAUAAAAAUCUAUUACAUCUUUUAAUAUCUAUCGACGAUCUAUCCGUAAUAACAAAAUUGUAUUUUAUUAUCGUUUUACAUGGAGCAUAGAUUUUAACCGAUAAGGAUAUAUCACUAAUCAAAAGCUGUUCGCGAUGAAUGACGAUGCUGUUUUCUAAUUCCUUGCUAAGUUGAUACGAAUUAUUAAAAUGGACGAUUUGAAUGGAA